ACGGACGCCGAGCCUGGCUUUAUUGUCUGCGCGAGUCGGUUCGGCCUCGCACUCGGCUUAGGCGGAGCGCUCUAGGACUCGGAAGUUCGUGUUUUGGUUCUGGCUCGUUUGGGACGUCGAUUUCGGGGCCCAAAUUAGUCGCCAAAGUUCGAGGCAUCCACAAGGGUUUCUGGCGUUAUUCCUUUGUAAAUACUGUUAUUUGUAUAUACUGUAAAUGAUGACAUCGGUGGGCAGCAGCCGAAACCGGGGUAACUGGGAGCAGCAGACACAGGGUCAGACACAGAGCCAGUCUCAGCACAAGCAGAGGCCUCAGGCCACCGCUGAGCAGAUCCGACUCGCGCAGAUGAUCUCGGACCACAACGAUGCUGACUUUGAAGAGAAGGUUAAGCAGCUGAGUGACAUCACAGGAAAGGACCAAGAUGAGUCAAUGAUUGCGCUGCAUGACUGCAAUGGAGAUGUCAAUAGAGCCAUCAAUGUUCUACUGGAAGGAAGCCCGGACACUGAUUCAUGGGAAAUGGUUGGAAAAAAGAAAGGAGUGUCAGGCCAAAAGGAAAGUGGGCAGACAGAUGGAGGAGAAGAAGGGAAGGAAAACCGGGAGAGAGGAGGGGAGAGAGAUGUAGCACGUCGCCGAGGAGGGGCACCAAGAAGGGGCCGUGGAGCUAGUCGUGGGAGAGAGUUCCGUGGGCAAGAGAAUGGUCUGGAUGGGUCAAAGACAGGUGGAGUGGCAGGUAGAGGGACGGAGCGUGGCCGGCGGGGAAGGGGAAGAGGGAGAGGUGGGGCUGGUAGGAGAGGUGGAAGGUUUUCAGCUCAGGGCAUGGGCCAGCUUGAUAAGGGCCCCAGAUACGAUUUGUCAGGGGAUGAAAGUACGUUUAACCCAGCAGACUAUGCUGAGCCAGCCCAGACAGAGGAGAGUUAUGCUGGGGGAAGCACUUGGAGCAACACAGGCAACCUGGAACCAGAAGAUGGAGCCACAGGACUUGAAUUCACUGGAGGAGAAGGAACAAAUUACCCCCAAAAGUUUGACUCUGCUCCUGGUGCUUGGAGAACUGCUACAGAAGAGUGGGGCACUGAAGACUGGAAUGAGGAUUUGUCAGAGACCAAGAUAUUUACUGCCUCCAGUGUGGCUACCAUGCCAAUGCCUCAAGAGAAUGUCACUAUAACUGCUGGACAGAGGAUUGAUUUGGCAGUAUUGUUGGGCAAGACACCCCCUUCUUCCUCUUCUGAGACGGAGGCAGCUCCACUUGAAGCUCCUCAACCCCAAUCUCUGUCUCAGUCUCUGGUCUUCAGCAACUCCAAACAACCUGCUUCACUCUCACAGCCCUCCUCAAGCUCCUCCUACAGUUCACACAGUGUGGUGAGCAUGUUAAGUAAAGGUUUUGGUGAGGUGGGAGACUCAAAAGGCAACAAUGGCAGCUCUACCAGUGGUUCUCAGUUCCUGGAACAGUUCAAGACUGCCCAGGCUCUGGCUCAGCUGGCAGCCCAGCACUCUCAGAGCGGACCCCCAAACACAGGCCCAUCCACCUGGGAUACCAGCCCUGCUGCACUGGGACAGUAUGAUAUAAAAUCUCAGACAGAUUCCUUAGUGCAUAGUCCUUUCACCAAGCGGCAGCCCUACCAGCCCACCUCCACUGCAUCUUCCAUGAUGGAUGCCUUUCUGCAGGAUAAAGUUCCUCCAUCUACUUCUUCCCUGCCCUCCCAGGCGGCCCCCUCAUCAUCUUUGGCCCAGACUGUCUCCACCCCGCUCCCAAAGCCACCAGGACCUGCCUCAAGCCAGCAGAUGUCUCCAGGACCUGCUGACCCACAGGCCUCUAGUCCCCUGCCUCUGCAACAGCAUAAGCUGAAACAGCAGAAGAAGAGAACCUCCAUUGCCACCAAAAUUCCUGCUUUAGCAGUGGAGAUGCCUGGUUCAGCGGAUAUAUCUGGACUCAACUUGCAGUUUGGAGCAUUACAGUUUGGCUCGGAACCGGUCCUCCCUGAGUAUGACUCCACUGCAUCCGUUACCACCACUGCAUCAGCAAACACUGCUCAGAACAGCCUCAGUGAGCAGGCCCCAGCCUUGUCCAACCCCACUCAAAUGGAUCUGUAUGAACAGAGAACAAGUCAGACGCGGCGCUAUCCACCCUCUCUCUCAUCCUCACCACAGAAAGACAUGCAAACCAAGAAUGGAUUCACUUCAAUACAGACAACACAGUCUCUGGAAGCUGCAGCAGGCUCUGCAUUGUCUGUAAAGCCAACGUCUGACGCAGUUCCACCUUCCACUGUGUCAAAUAUAGUCUCAUUAACAGACACAGCGUCAGGUCCCACUUCUCUGCUGACCACAUCCCAUCAGACACCUCUCGCUGCUCUUGGGCAUGAAGACCCUUCUUCCAAUUCGAUUCCUCCUCCACAACACAACAAUUCCAUUCCUACACAACAGAACAGUUUGACGUCAUCGGGCCGCACAAACAACACAAGCCUGCUGCAUUCAAGUGUGGAUGGAGACUCCAGCCUGCACUCAUCCUCAUUCUCCUCGGUAUCUGCAGUAGCCCCUUCUGUUGUCCCUUCCUCCGCCCCCUCUUCUUCUUCCACUGCCCCAGUCUCCCACAGCGCACCUGUUCCUCCUGCCUCUUCGUCUGUAAGCGCCGUUUCUGCCCAGUCAGGCUUGGGUCCGGUCAGCAGUUUGACUAUGGGUCUCAACAGCACUGGUGGGGUCACCUCCAUCGUUCCCCCAACAGCUGUUGCAGCUGCCUCGUCUUCAGUGGCAUCAGCUACUGCUGCACCUUCAUCAGCCUCUUCAUCACGCAGCACAGCUGCCUCAGGGAAAGCACCUCCAAAUCUGCCACCAGGAGUGCCCCCCCUGCUGCCUAAUCCGUACAUCAUGGCUCCUGGCUUGCUUCAUGCAUACCCGCCCCAGGUUUAUGGUUACGAUGACCUUCAGAUGCUCCAGACGAGGAUACCACUGGAUUACUACAGCAUCCCAUUUGCUACCCCAACAACAGCACUUACUGGAAGGGAAGGCAGUUUGACUAGCAACCCUUAUUCUGCUGGGGACCUGACAAAGUUUGGUCGUGGGGAUACGUCAUCUCCAGCCCCGGCGACUACUCUGGCUCAACCUCAGCAGAGCCAGACCCAGACGCACCACACCACCCAACAGCCCUUCCUAAACCCUGCACUGCCCCCUGGCUACAGCUACACCAGCCUGCCCUACUACACUGGUGUGCCUGGUCUGCCCAACACUUUCCAGUACGGUCCUGCAAUGUUUCCGGUUGCACCUACCUCCUCAAAACAACAUGGUGUGAAUGUUGGUGUCAAUGCUUCAGCCACACCCUUCCAACAGGCUAGUGGUUAUGGAUCCCAUGGAUAUAGCACUGGCUAUGAGGAUUUGGGCCAGGCUUCAGCUGGGAGUGGGGAUUUCUGUAAGGGCGGCUAUGGCACCGCUGUGGCUGCCGCUGCUGCUGCCGCCGCCGCCGCUGCUUCUGCGCAAAACAAGCCCGCCAGCUCAGUCACCGCGCCGGGAGUUGGCUUUCCCUCAGGUGUUUCAGUGACCUCCAGCAACACUGGAGUCCCUGACAUUUCAGGGUCUGUUUACACGAAGACACAGUCAUUUGACAAGCAGGGUUUCCACACGGGGACACCUGGCGCCUCCUUCAGUCUGCCCUCAGCAUUGGGCAGUGGUGGUCCAAUCAAUCCUCCGGCUGCAGCUGGCUAUGCUCCUGCCCCAUUCAUGCAUAUUUUGGCUCCCCAUCAGCAGCCACAUUCCCAGAUGUUACACCACCACCUACAGCAGGAUGGACAGAGUGGCUCUGGACAGCGCAGUCAGAAUGCUUCCAUUCAGCAGAAGUCCCAGAUCAACAAGUCUGCUUACAACAGCUAUAACUGGGGAGGCAAUUAACCCUCCCGAUAUUCCAAUGUGGUGUACGACAGGCUAAAUUAGGGGACCCUUUUCUUCCUCCCUAAAAAAGAAAAAUAAAUCCCCUCUUUGCGCCCUUCUUCCACUGCCCCUCUCGCCUCUCCCUGUCUAGUGUCUCUGCAGUACCAUCUUGCACCAGUGGUGGUGCUGUACUAAGAGGUAGCACUGUGGAGAGGGGCAGGGUGGCCAGGGGAGGAGGAGUCUUAAAGAGGAAGGGGUUUGGAGGGUGUAUGGUUCUAGUAACUUAGGCCUUCAAGAGCCAAGUAUUGAGUGUUUGGAGUUUGUAUUGUGUUAAAAAAAAAUGCCCCAACCCCUUCUCUCGUUCUGUCAUAUGUAACAUAGAGCUGUUUUCUAAAGGUUUUUUUUCUUAUGGAUGUUAAUUUUUGGAAGGACUGGGGAUAAUGGGAGAGAAGUUGAGGGUUUUUGUUUGGGCGUUCCUCUGUUGGUCUCUCGCUCGCUCUCCCCUUCUUUCCCACUCUUCUCUACUUUGCACCCUGCUUGGGCUAUCAGUUUUCAAACCCAGAUACACCAUCUUAGUGGUUGUGUGUGUGUUUGGGUUUUGUUUCCCUAUCUUUUUUUUUUUUUCUCCUUCCUUGUUAGGUUUUUACCAAUUUUUAUUUUUGGGGGGAGGUAUUGCGCUAGAUCGGCUAAAGCAGUUGUGGAGUUUAUUUUUUACCAAAUAUAAAUAUAUAGAUAUAUAAAAAUGUAUACGAGGGCACAAAUAUGUUGGAUAUGUUUCAAGUGUGGGAGUGUUCUUUUUCUUUUCUUUUUUUAAGUACUUUUUUUUUUUUUUUUUGUUUUCUUUGGUUUUCUCCCCUACAUACACGAGUCUCUAAUAAGGGUGGCCAUUGGUGUGUGAAUGUUGGACUCACUUAAAAUAAACCCUUUGAGCCCGUAAUUAUUGUACAGGUUUGGAAUGAAGAGGACACUGGUCAUAUGCAUACUCGAGCUCCUUUCUAUGAAGCAUCCCAGUGUAUUGUUUUCCCUUAUUUUUCAUCCCGUUGCUCUGUUUUGUGUGGGUGGGAAAGGGUAGGAUAACCUGGCAUGACUUCUGGCCUCAGAGGCAUCACAGCGUCUCUGCUGUUGGACAGAUGCUGUGAACUGGACAGGUCAGAAUAUCCGUAGGUCGCUCUGUAUGUGCAAAUAUGUUGGCAUACAUUUUGUUUUUGUUUAAUUUUAUUUUUUAAUUUUUGUUUUCUUCUGACAUUAUACAUUGCAAUCUUCUCCCUCUCCUUAGAGUCAUCACCUUUCCCCAAAUAUUAUUUUAUUAAUAUUAUGAUAAUUAGGAAAGUACUGAUGGAGAGAAUUGUAUUAUGGGUUUCCUUUUUUGUCAGUGACUUUUCUUUUUGUACUGUGCGUUUUAAAAAAAAAAAAAUUAAAUGGAUAAACUUGUCUUGUACAUAUAUAUAUAAAAACACAAGUACUGUAGUCCAUGUUUGUUCAAUGGCUUUUUUCCUCCCCCUCUCAAUUCACUUACACACAGACUAAACAUUUUUGUUUCAUAAUGUUUUUUUUAUUUUGUAAAAAAUAUAUAUAUUAUAAAUAUUAAGUAAAUAAACAGGAAAAAGACAUUUUCAUCAUUUUGGAUGUGAAUGUCUUUUUUAAGAAAAACA